AUGGGUGAGGUGUCCGCAGACGCCGUCACCCUGGAUCUGCUGAGAGAAGCCAGGGAGACGGUGAGCAGCAGCCCCCUGGGUGUCAUCAACACUCUCAUGAUCCCCUAGUGCCAGACGACCCUGCCUCUCGACAUCCACUGCAACAUCCACAUCAAACUGGAGAACAUGCAGAUAACUGGCUCUUUCAAGAUCAGAGGAGUGGCCAACCAGUUUGCCAGGAGACCAAAGGGGGGUGAUUUUGUCACCAUGUCCGCCGGGAACUAUGGGAAGUCUUUUGCGUACGCCUCGAAACACUAUGGGUCAAAGGGCAAGGUGGUGAUGCCCGAAACGGCCCCCGUGUCCAGAUCCACCCUGAUACAGAGUUUCGGGGUGGAGGUGGAGCGAGUUCCCACCUCCUGUCUGAUGAAUGUGGUGAACCGCUGCGUUCAGGAGGGCGACAUGACCUUCCUGCACUCCUACGAUGACCUGGAUCUAAUAGCAGGACACGCCAGUCUGAGUUUAGAGGUGCUGGAGGUGGUCCCCGAGCCUGACGUGGUGGUGGUGUGCUGUGGUGGAGGGGUGCUGCUGGCCAGUGUGGCCGCUGCCAUCAAACUGUCAGGCUGUGAUAAGACCAGAAUCUACGGUGUGGAACCAGAUGGAGCCUGCACCAUGUACAGGAGUUUCAUUGAGAAGAAGCCAGUGGGCAUGGACACCAAGAGCAUCGCCUCAGGACUUUUGCCUCCUUUUCUUUGCAUCGCAGGCACACUGCCCUUCGAGUUGUGUCAGCGUUACGUGGAGGGGAUUGUCCUCAUAAACGAUGAAGAGAUCAAGGCGGCCGUGUCCACCCUCUACAGGUCCGGCCUUGUGGUCGAGCCGUCGGGCUGUGCCGCGUUCACCGCCAUCGUUAACGACAAGAUACCCGAGCUGGAGGGGAAGAGCGUGGUGUGCAUCCUCAGCGGAGGGAACAUUGAAAAGGACGAGCUCGUUAACUUCCCAGGCUGA